AUGCGCUUCCAAACUCUUGCCAGCGCUCUGGCGCUACCAGGAGCUGCUUUUGCGUUUGCGGAUUCGUCACCAUGGGUGAUGCUGUCGACUUCAACUAUCCGCCAGUCUUCCAACGCGAACCAGAUUCAGACGAGCUCUGAUGUGAUUUCUUUCUCCAGAAAUAUCCUCGACGAAUGCCCUACGGACCGAUACCUAAUCGUAACACAGCCUGGUAUCAAUGCGGCUGAUCUCCGCCAAGGAAAUUGCUUGAUGCCACAUUUCUGCAAAGCUGUUGAGAAUCCUCGCAUCAAAGGAAAGUAUACGGUGGCUGAGGUCGUCGGGGACGUCACAAAGGCUUCUCUCGAUGAACAUGUCAAGCUGGCGUGCAACAAGAAAGGGAAGACCGCCGCGGUGUCAUCUGUUCAUCUGGGACCAUUGUCAUCGGCUACCCGUUCCCAAGAUCUCGCUAGCAACGAUGCAUCGCUUGCUAGCCAGCUGGAUGCAGUAACCGCGGGUGACAGCUACACCAUCCUUUUCUACGCUACCCCUCGUGAGCCGUUGUACGAGUCGCAUUUUAUCGAGCCCGUGCAUAUGGAUAUGAAACGAGAUAUGGGUAGCGCCACUCUGCGGCGACAAGACAAUGAAACUGAAUUCAACAAGCUUCCUUUGUUUGAGAAGUACCAGUUUUUUACCCCUGGAAUUUUCAUGGGCAUUGUUGUUGCCGUUGUUCUCCUUUCUAUCCUCGGAGCUGGUAUCAGAGGACUAGCAAGUCUUGAGGUCUCAUACGGCGCAUUCGAUAAGGAGAUGGGUCCAGCAGCCCAGAAGAAGCAACAGUAA